AUUACACUAUUGUUCCAAAAUCACUUUUCUCUUUUGUUGAUAGACACUACGUCACCACAGACAGCAACUGCGAUUCGCUGUGUGUCUUCAGAAAGUGUGCUCUGUUUACACACGGGAUGACACAAAUGGAUUUGGGACACGAAUAUCGAAACUUGGUAAUCGAAGUUAACUGAGAUACCGUGUUCAAAGCCGAAGGGUUAAUGCAACCGAUCUUUACGUGCUUACUAAACUUGGUGUAGAGUCUUGGCGAUGGAACCGGACGUACCAUUCACAUGGAGUUGAUUUCUCAUCUCUAUCCUUAAUGUGUAAUCAGCUAUAUCGAUCUCAUCCGUUUACGGUCGUCGGUAUCAACAGAUAAAUGCUUCCCUGAGCUUUGAUCAUCUCACUCUUCUUUUCUGAUUGGGGGAUCGUAAAGGUCGCUGGCUGGCGCCCUUAUGACAAAUUGGCUCUGUUUUCAGAAGUGCGCGUUGUGGUUCGAAGCAUAACUCAUGGAUCCGGCCUGCCAUGGUGGGCAUAUGUUUUGCUCGAUAAUGCGUGGUCGCUUUUCGCUACCAAAUGGGCGAAUUUAUUCACACUGGAUUUCCUAUCCUGCAGGUUCUGGCUAUUCCAACACUUCACAUCAGGUGUAAUCGCAAUCUCUCACAACUUGGUCUCCAAAUCUCUUCCAAUCAGAUAAUCCUGGGUUUCCAUUGCGACACGAAAUGCUAUUCGUGGAAAGAGAAGUUCGUAGAGAUUGCCCACUACGGCUCGGGGCAGUUGUCUCCUCUCUCGUCUGGAUAUGCCAACAACGUCUUCUUGGGAUCUGAACUCGCCUCACGUGCCAUAUCCAGCUCAGUCGCUGUGUAUCGGUGGUUGCAUAAUUCGCUGCACAAUGUCCGAUGGCCAUCCAAUCGGGGGCGGGAGUUGGUAAAGUGUUUGUGUAUGCAAUUGCGGUUCGACACGCGGUCUGCCACCAUAUUGCGAAAUUGUACUACUACACUGGACCUGCGCUAUUAUCGGCUGGUUUCGGAUGAUUUGCUGAUUUGUCUUACUGCCUGUUGGUCUUUUUUGACGGAGCUCAAAUUAAAUGGACAUCACCAUGGCCAGUUGUCCGUGACCACAGUGACAGGAAUACACUACAUAGGAAAUCUUCGCUCACUCUUUUUGGAUUGA